UCAGCUUUAUUUAACCUCACUUACUAAAUGUCAGAAUUCUAACAAAAGCAGUCAUAGAUUUUAAUACACUAAUAAUAAGAUAAUUUCCGUUGAGGGAGGUGAUUUUCCCAUUAACAGUCGUUCAUAAAUCUAAAUUAAAACAGAAGCAGGAUGUAUGGGCAACCAGGGAUGGGUCAAGCUCCUGGAGCAGUAAGCCCUGACGUACAGAAUUGGUUUAAUAUGGUAGAUAAAGAUCGUUCAGGACAAAUUAAUUAUCAAGAAUUAAAAUCUGCAUUGGUGAAUGGCCAAGGUGAACAUUUUUCAGAUACUGCUUGUAAAUUAAUGAUUAGUAUGUUUGACACUCAGAAAACUGGAAUGAUAGGCAUAAAUGAAUUUGGUCAAUUAUAUGCUUAUAUUAAUCAGUGGUUGAGUGUUUUUAGAAAUUAUGACAGGGAUCAAUCUGGAGGAAUUGAAGAAAAUGAACUAUCACAAGCUCUUCAACAAAUGGGAUUCCGAUUUUCACCAGAAUUUAUAAAGUUUUUAAUACAGAAAAGUGAUCUAAAGAAUCAUCGAGUUAUGUCUGUAGAUCAGUUCAUUGUUGUUUGUGUUCAAAUUCAAAGGUUUACUGAAGCUUUCCGUCAAAAGGAUUCUGAUAUGACAGGUGUAAUAACAAUUGGCUUUGAAGAUUUUCUUAGCAUAGCUUUAAACUGUACAACAUAAUUAAUAAUUAAAUAUACCUCAUAGUAUUAGAUGUAAAGUUCAAUUUAUUUUAAUUAUAUAGAAAUUGUCUGCCUUUUUGAAGGUACCUGGUUAGCAUUGGGCUUCAAAUUAUUUUAUUAAAUUGUAUGAAUUUUUUGAAUAAAAUAUUAACUUAUA